AAUAUGUAAUAAUUAUUAAUUUUUGUGUUGUCUAAUGAGCUGGGCUGGCUAUGACUUAGAAGGUGUCUGGCACACGCUGAAGUCCGCAGUUACAGGGUAGCUCUGAAAGUCUGUCGCUGUCUUCAACGUGUUGUGAGGAGCACAUCUGAGUCACUUGUGUCCCUGAAGAGUUAGCUGCCAGCUUCCUGGGCGUCCUCCUGUGCCGACAGCCGUCGCAGAGAUGAAGCAGAUGGCCUCCGGCGACCCUCCCCGGGAGCUGGCCGAAGCUGUCCACAGUGAGUGUGCCACUGGCGAGUCCCUGUCCACAGAAGGCAUCACCACGGUGGUGCCGUUGGGACACUCCCACAGUCUGGAUGCUUGGACGACUCUCCACAGGUACCUUCUUAGAAAACAGAGAGACAGGUGAUCCUGCCUGAUGCAGAGGUGGGCAAUGUGUAGGCCGGGGGUCCAGCUGGAAAGGAAAACUCUGGGUCAAAUCACCUGAAAUCAGGUAAAUCAAUGACCCUGGUGGGGUUCUGGAGAUGCGGCCUUUUUAUGACACAGAAGGGAACCGUGGUUAACUGGGGGGCAGCAGAGCCGUGUGGUCAAGACCCCCAGCUCUGGUUGGACUCGGGGCUGAGAGGAUCCUGCUCCUGCCAUUUGCUGAACUGUGACCUUGAGCAAAGAACGAACCUCUCUGGGCCUCCACUUCUUCGUGCACAACACAGAGCUUAACACUGACCUACUUCCCUUCACUGCUGCCUGUGCCCCGCGAUAGCAUGGGCGAGCGCGUGGAGAGCCACACACCAGACAAACAUGCAGCAAACCUUAGUAGCUAUUACUGCUGAGACGUUUCUCGGUCUAAAGUCUGGUAUCCGAAGGGAAGACAUCGGAGCACCCUUGAUGACAGGCGCAGAAGGAAGCUCGAUGCUGGGAGCGGAAGGAGUUUUGUUGCCGGCACACGGACGUCAACAACGGCAGCUGAAAGUGCCCCGGCACACCAGGGUGCGGCGUGCAGGACUGUAUUUGUAACAGAAUCUCAGACACGCAUGACCCUGCAAGGGGCUGUCACCUUCACUUCUCACUCAAGACGCCGGAACACAGGCGUUCCUUUGGUUCCCCCAAAUCACACUGCCACUAAGUGCAGAAGCCAGGGGUGGAAUGAAAAAAUACUUGUCUCCAGAGCUCAAACCACACUAAACAGAACCAAGAUAAGUGAGGCUGAACGGUGGGUCAGGACCCAGGUGAGUAGGGCUCACUGGUGGGUCAGGACCCAGGUGGGUGAGGGUCAACAGGGGCUCAGGACCCAGGUGGGUGAGGGUCAACAGGGGCUCAGGACCCAGGAGAGUCAGGGUCAAGAAUGGGCCAGAACCGAGGUCAAGCAUGGUCCACCAUGGGAAGGGAUGACUGAAUUCAUCUUGUAUCUCAUGACCUUGACUUUCUGGUGGAAUCUAUGCAUCUUGGCCAGUCAUCAACUUCAUUUCUCUCAAGGCCAAUGGAGUCUGACAGGUCUAGAUCCUAAUCCAGGUCUCAUAGGAGGGAGGGGAAGCUCCUCAACAGAAAAUAAAACGGGACAAAAUAAAAGGACAAUCGGAAAGUGGGCAUCCGUGAGUGAGAAGACCGGGCCACCCAGAGCGUCUUCUGCGAUGCCCAGGACCAGGUCUGGGUGCCCAUGUGUGAAACGGAGCCCACGCAGGAGAGCUUCAGUAAGUGUCCCUCCUCUGGGGCUUCCCCACGAGGCAUAUGCAAGCUAGAGAAGUCUUUGGUUUCCAUCCUGAUCUACCCGUGUAAGGACGAGACGACGAGGCGCACGGAAGCCACUGAGGCUCCACGGGCAGAGCCGCAGGUGUGUCCCUGUGCUCCCCAGACAUCCCGGACAUCGGCGCUCAGCGAAAUGCCGGAUGAAAUCAAGCGAAACACAGUUUCCCCUUUUCAGGACAAAACAAAACAGAACAAAACUGCAAGGGUUUUUUCCCUCCCCUCUGAUCCUCUUUCCCCAAACAAAUUUUAGUUUGCUUUUGACUUCAUCCUGAUGCUGGUUCAGUCCUUUUUCUCGCUGAGAAAAUGCAGAACUCAUACAGAAACCCUGGGGCGGAAAAAGCGCGUUUCUCUCAUUUCGUGGGAAGGAGCCUCCCCGGAGCCCGGGCUCUCGGCGCCCCGCGGCUCUCAGGCGGGAUCCAGCGGCGGGGCCAUCGCCAUCGCCAUGCCCGCCGCCAACUGCUCGGCGCCCAGCGCGGCCGUGGAGGUGACCGUGGGCGCGCUGCUCGCGCUGGAGUGCGCGCCGGGCCUCCUGGGCAACGCCGUGGCACUGUGGACCUUCUGCUUCCGCCUGAAGGUGUGGAAGCCCUACGCCGUCUACCUGCUCAACCUGGUCGCCGCCGACCUCCUGCUGACCUUCUGCCAGCCCUUCCACGCCGCCUUCUACCUGAGACGGAAGACCUGGCCCUGGGGACGCGCGUCGUGCCAAACCCUGCUCUUCCUGCACGUCCUCAGCCGCGGGGUGGGUGUCGCCUUCCUCGCGGCCGUGGCUCUGGACCGCUACUUCCGGGUGGUCCACCCUCGGCUGAAGGUCAACCUCCUGUCCCUGCGGGUGGCCUGGGGGGUGUCGGGCUUCGUGUGGCUGCUGCUGCUCGGCCUCACCCACCAGAGCCUGUUCGUCUCGGAGGCCGCGUGCCCCGGUCCGGAGCCCCGGGGAGGCGCGUCCUUGAGCCUGCUCUGGCAGGAAGCCCUGUCCUUCCUGCAGUUUAUCCUCCCCUUCGGCCUCAUCCUGUUCUGCAACGCCGGGGUCAUCAGGACCCUCCAGAGGCGCCUGCGAGAGCCAGACAGACAGCCCAAGCUGCAGCGGGCCCGGGCGCUGGUGACGGUGGCCUUGGUCCUGUUUGCACUGUGCUUCCUGCCCAGCUUCCUGGCCCGCGUCCUGGUGGCCGUCUUCCGCGGCACGGGCGGCUGCGGGGUCCUAGGAGCGAUGGUGCACGUGUCCGACGUGGCCAACGGCCUCAGCUACCUGCAGAGCGUGCUGAACCCGGUGCUGUACUGCUUCUCCAACCCCGUCUUCAGAUGCUCCUACCGCAAGGUCUUCAACACCCUCAGAGGCCGAGGCAGGGAAACUGAGGCCCCGGGGGACAUCAGAGACUCCUACUCCUGAGGCCGGCCAGCCCUCUGGGCCCCGGGGGCACAGGAAGGGCGGGGAUCUGAGCGCUGACGACCAGCACUGAGGGUUGCGGGGAGAGGAAACUGAGGCCGCGCCCCAAGGAGCAGGACCCACGCGUCGGCACCCCUGCGGCCAAGCUUGGACCCACACGGUCUGCGGGAUUUCCUUCUGCUCUUCUGCCCCAUCAGACGGCAGAGCGGAGAAGCAAGUGGAGCUCCUUUCCAGCCACGACAAUGCUGACCUGGAAGCAGGCUGCCGCCACGUCCUCAUGCGAGGUGUUCUCGUGGGUCCGUCACGGGACCGGGGAGGCUGAGCCGCGCUGCCCUCACUCUGUCUGGUCUCGGUGAGUCGUCCGCCUUCACUGUCCCAGGAGUCUGCUCCCCUGCCACUGCGCAGGCCUGCGCUGGCCGACCCGGGAAAGUGGCAGGCGGGGCUCGAGGCCACGUUCGGGGGUGCACACCUCACGGGGCUCCCCGCUUGGCUCUGCCUGGCACAUAGCGUUUCUAGUCUGUCACACUUCGCUUUGUCUGCAUAGACGGUACAUGAUGCCGGAGACAGCACAGUUCCCUAGUCUAUUAUAAGAAACACCUUCCUACUAAAUUUCUCAAAACUGCUGAGAAUGUCUCUCUUGAGGUCUGAAUGUCUAGAUGCUUUUGAAACUCGCUCGGCUUCCUGGCUCCGAGAAGUCACCGUAGUUAAUGCCUCGCAGAGAAAUGCACAGCGCCAGGCACCAAACUGCACGUGAAUCGGGGCUUUCCACCUGACGGCGGGGCCCACCUGCCACAGAGGGGUCCCCGGGGACCUGCCCAGUCCCGGGAGGCCAGGCAGGACCGGGGGCCCACCUGAGCCCAGCCCCGGCUCUCCUGCCACGGCCGCAUGGUCUCAUGUCAUGCUCUUGAACGAUGCCCCGCAACGGGAGCUCACGAGGGUGACAACAGUUCGAAAGUCUCCUUCCCGACUGCUUUGUCUUGUUCUCUGUUCAAACCUGGCCCCAGAAGGGACGCCCCAAGAUGCUUAGAGGAAGGACAGGUCUAGUGUGUGCAGAGGCCCAGCCCGUGGCCUUCCCGGGACCUGCACCUGCCUCGUCCACGCGGACAGACCCCGCCUUUCCCCGGGCCGCCCCAUGACCUUGGUAAUAACCAGGGUGAAACAUGGUGCCUGAGGCCAGAAGAAACGGCAACGCUCCCUCCUGCUUGUUCGCUUGUUCGGAAGCAAAGUUACGAUGCGAGCGGGUCCCUGCUGCUGUGCUCUGCCGAACACGGUCCCCAGAGAGCAGCGAACCUGCUCAGUGAGCCUGGCUCCUGCUGGCGGGCGUCAAGUCCCCUCCAGUGAGUGGACGCAGGCGACUGGCCUGCAGCUGCGGCCGCACAAUCACGCGGGAGCUUCGGAUCAAGUUCUCUGCCCUCAACACCGUCUACAUCGCGUCCGUAUUCUUGCCGUGGGCUCAGGGCACGCGCCGUCCCACACGACGCUACUCGUUAAAAAUCUAGUGUUUAACGUAACCCUUUUCCACGUCAUGAUAAACUCCCCACAGGCUUUCUUCACUCGAUCCCC